CCACUUAUUUAUGUAUCCCUUAUCGCUUUUCAAAUUAACGAGGAGUAAUUUUUUUUUGAUAAGUCUACUUGAUAACCUUUGCUGUGAAUGAAAACAAACAAAAACUUACGAGUUUACCAAGUACGAGUGUAUCGCUUUCCAGAUAAGCAACUUAUCAGUGUUUUUGAUAAGUUUGUCGGCUAAGCACAGCACAGCACAGCGCAACACAUGCUAAAGCAACUAGGCUAUGUAAGCUUGUGUAGUCAGUGAUGCUCUGUAGGAAAAUUCAUUAGUAGCGCAUGUGUAUAAUCAAAAAUUCGGAACAUCGACUUUUCCUUCAGCUUGGGCCCAGGCCAAAAAACUUUCAUCGGUAGCCAGCCGCUCGCAUUUGUCAAGUUCCGUCGGGUUGUUCACACCAAAUAUAGACACUGCACUUUUUCCCUUUCAUUAUAAUGUACACGGCAGCACUUGUUAUCGUGGUCUGUCCAUCGGUGUCGAGUUCACCAGAGCACCAUCGUUCGCGGGUAGUGUGCUGGCGUAGUCUUCUGGAGAUUCUCGGAUUACAUCUCUGGCAAAAAGUCGGCUUUCCAAAGAAGUAUUUCGCUAAGCGCCGUCGUUCGAAUUCGCCGAGUCUACACUAGCACUCGACCAACAAGUCGUUGAAUUAGUUGAAAAAAUUUCUGCAGGGUCAUUAUAUGUAGUGAAGAUAGUAGCAGAGUGAUAGACGUUACCAAAAAAAUGUGAAAACCAAACAAAAACUGAGCUAUAUUUGGCUGUAUUGGCUAUAUAACUUCACUUUGGUUAGGUCUGCCGAAGAUGUCGCGCGCACAAAAUAGAGAGAAAAAAUUGGCGGUUUUGGAAGUAGUUAAAAAGAAAAAGAAUAUUUUAUUUGGAACAUUUCAAAAUAAGAUCGCCAAUAAAAUCGAAAAGGAGGCUGCUUGGAAGGAGGUGCUCGAGAAAGCGCAAUCCCUGGGUUUGGCUGCGCCCAACCGCGAUUGGACUUAUGCACGGGAUCAUAUAUUUGGCCUCUGGAAAAGUCGUGCAUUGGCAAAAAGAGACGUUGCUAGAAAAGCUGGAGUCAUUAGCAUUUCAAAGUCUUUGGUUUGUGACGCAGUGGAUGCCUGCAUAUUGGAUAUUUUGGAAAAUGAGUCGACUGUGAAGAACGACCUUAGCCUACUCGAGGGUGACGGUACGGAAACAAAUAUAGAAUCGCAAAUCUCUAAUAUUAACGAAUCACAACUCAGCUCACAUAGAACAGCCACAACAAAGCAAAGUACAAAACGAAAGCGCGACAGUUGCAUUGAUAUGGGGCGCUUGAAAGCAGCGGUUCUCGAAUCUGAAUUAUACAAAAAUAAGCUGAAAAUUAUGGCCUUAGAAAGAGAUUUGGGCCUUAAAGCUUCAAAAUUUACAAAAAAACUUGCAAAGCUUAGAGUGCGCAAGUAGCUGAAUGUAAAUGAAGCAAGUGACCUACUGCAAUUCAAUGUAUUACGCGUAAUUCAAGUGCAUUGAAUCUACUAUUUAUUGCCUGAUUUUAAUAUUUUAAUAUACCUAUUACCUAUAUGUA